UAAGAAUGAUGGCAGAACCAAAGGCAAAUAAAAACACAAACGCAUCUGCAGUGACAAACUGGAGAGCUUGUUAUUGAACUGGAGCCAGAAACACAAUUACAGUUGUGCAGUCUCACAUCAGCCCAUUGCAAGUUUUUUGCCUUAAAAGUGAAUAAAUAAUGAGAACAACAAACAUUGUGUGGCUACAGUAAAUUAUCCAAGGAGAGGAGGAGAUUUUUCAGUGUCUUGAAUUAAGUGGGUUCACAAAAUGGACGUAGACAGAUGCUGGACAAGGCACCUUGAGAUGAGCGACAUGGACAGACCGGGCUGUUGGAAUGGGCCUUGUAGUGUUCAGCAUUCUCCUGUUCACCUACUAUUCUAUCUGGGUGAUUGUCCUGCCCUUUGUCAACAGUGACCAUGCCAUCCAUCAUUAUUUCCUACCUCGAGAAUAUUCAGUUAUAUUGCCCGUUGUUGCAGCACUGGUUCUUGUCUUAUUUAUAGGUGGAUUUAUCACCGUAGUUUUGUGGAAGAACAAGCAAAAAAAGAAAGUGCAGUGAAGUGGAGGCCUUUGUUCAGGAUGUCCUGGGCGAAUGCAGACUUGGACAGUCCAAGGGGUACGGGGAGGGAAAAUUUGCCAGGAGCCACGUCAUCACAUCUCAUUCUGAAAUGCAUUCCAUUUUGUUGAAGACGGAGAGCGGGCUUUGCUCUUAUAGACUUGGACACUUUUUUGGCAGGUUGGAUCUGAUUUUCUCUUUUACGUUUUUACUGCUGGCAUUGGAGAAGCACAACUUUUUUUCUUUUUUUGGCAAUACAGUGUAACUGACCUUUACAUAAAAAAUGUGCUAUUCAACUGAAAACGCAUGGAUAUGUGUGUUUUUUUUUGUCUUUGUCCAGGAUGUAAAUUAAACACUAUUACUUUAGUAGUGAAUUAAAAAGCAAAAAGGUCUGUAAAGCAAGAUAUAUAGUAAUAUUGUACAAUGUUUAUUUUUGAGCUCUGUUUAUAUGCUUUAAUGUAAGUAAAAUAUUGAUUAGAAAAUGCU